AUUCUUUCAAGGUGGAGAAUUGUUGUCCAUGCUGGAAUAGAUGGCUAUUCCAGAAUACCCGUGUUUCUUAAGGCAUCUGACAACAAUAGAGCAGCAACUGUGUUAAGCUUGUUUCUUGAUGCAGUAAAUGAAUAUGGCCUACCAUCACGUGUUCGCUCGGACAAGGGUGGUGAGAAUGUGGACGUUUCCUGGUAUAUGCUAACAAUUCCACAAAGGGGUUCCAGGAGAGGCAGUAUGAUAACAGGUAAAAGGGAAGAAAGCUGUUAGAAAUUAUACACGACUUGCAUAGGUUCAAUGUCGACAAAUAUCAAUCUGUUAAAUAUUUCUUUCUUUCAGGAAAAAGCACUCAUAACCAGCGCAUCGAAAGACUAUGGAGAGAUGUGUUUGCUGGAUGCAUAUCAUUGUUUUACAACGUGUUUCAUGAGCUAGAGUGGUCGGGAAUGCUCGAUCCAAAUGAUGACAUUCAUCUUUGGUGCCUUCAUUACACGUUUUUACCGGUCAUAAACGGACAGCUGAAGAACUGGAAAAAUGUGUGGACUAACCAUCCCCUGCGAAAGGAAUGUAAUGCUACACCAAUGCAGCUAUGGAUACGAGGACUCAAUAGUAUCUGGGGAAACGGUUCAACAAUUGACAGAGAAGUCUUCCAAGCAACUAUU